UUUACAUAUGUUAAAAUAUUAUCAUAGGCUAGCUAAACUAAAGUUUCAGUUAAACCAUUUUCAGUUACUUCAUAAAGUGCUUAUUUUUAUUUGAAGAUGUUUUAAAAUCUCGUCAGCUAUUAUUGCAUUUCUGUGGCCUACAAAGUUUUGGAGUUAUACAAAAGUGUCCAGAUGGCUAAUUCACAGUGUAUCAGAAAGUUAAACCUUAUUUUUAAAUAAGCCAGUUUGUUAUGAAAGUAGUGCCCCAUUACUCACUAAAAGUAUUUGCUGCUUAAUAAACACUAGUUUUUAUUCCAAACAAUUUAGUCGCACUAUCCACCAAUUUUUCUCGAACUUUGAACAAAGUUAAAGCUGAACAAGAGGGAUGGGCAAUAAUUCCAAAUUCAUCAUCUUUCGAUAGUGUUAUUACUGAACCAACUAGUUCUUCCUUUGAAAAGCAGGUCCAAUCAAACCGAAAUGUUUCCAUGUCUUUUAUGGAGAGUUACACUACCGGUGCCGAAACUUUAAAUGCCAUAAAGUCAGAAAGCGAUCAAACCAAUCCAUCCGUACACGUUUCCGACCCAAUGAAAACAAAUUCACCAAAUUUAACCGAUGAACCACUGGUAUUACUAAGCGGUACGUCCAAUGAAAAUCAUACAGUAGCCCAAUCCAGUAUAAAUUCAAUACAAAAACAUAUCGCAAGUUCCAAAUCCAGUUCCUCAACCUCUAAUCCAUUCCAAGAAAAUUUUUAUUCCGAUAUCCUAUCAACUUCUAAUUCAAAUCCUAAUAAUAUCCAUAGGACAAAUACAGAAAUCCAUUGGGUAGCUAGUCUACCUACUAUUUCAUCCAUUGCCAAUGGGUUAAAACAAGCUGUUGCAGAUCGUAGAUGCGGUUCCACAGAUUUCUGUUCAAAUUUAGACUCACUUUCUUCAGAAUCACGCUUUACAAAUUCAGUUUAUCCUCACGAUAGUAUGGGAUCUCAUACAAUAUCAGAAACUGUUUUGACAUCAACUGAAAAUAUUUUAUGUAAUAAUGAUAAUAACGACCCGGUUCACUGUAGAUUAUCACAGAAAUUACCAAUUUUAACCCCGUGUAAUCCUGAACAACAGGCUUCUGAUAUUCUUGUUCAUUAUGCUAUUCAAGAGAAUCACAAUACUGUUCAGAUGAAUGGUUCAUGCAGUAAAGGUAUUGGUGAUGACUUGGUAGCAUCAUCAUCUAGUUCAAGAUUGUGUGCCAAUGAUUCAUCUGAUUUUGGGAUAAGAAAUGCUCUCAAUGAACUAUAUUCUUCCGCUCGUCCAACUCUACCUAACGUCGGGGAGUGUAGAAUUUUAACUCCUGUUUUAUCAUCAAUUCCUGAGUCAACAUCAACUGAUGGUAAUCCAUGUAAUGAAAGUACACAAAAGACUCCUGCUCAUAUUUUUGUCAGCUGUCAGUCGACUACACCUCGAGAUAGUUCAAAUCACCUCUUAGAUAACCAUUUGAACCCAACUUCGAUCGCUAGUCAGUCACCUGGCUCUUCAGGUAUUCAUAACAGUGACAGCAUGUUAAACAGAAAUGAUAUCUGUCUAUCGCGUCCACCGGAGUCUCAUACCAAUGGAAAUUUACGCAGUCAACAGUUCGAGGAAAUGUAUUGUACGCUUGGUAACCACUUUUCUGAUAAGUCAUUAUUACUCCAAUCAACAAUAGAUUACAACAACCAGUCAUUUAAUCUCAUGUACUAA